AGUGUUACUCAGAGGCGGGCUGGAGGAGGGUGUACGUCUGCGGACUCUGGAGUGCGAAUUUUGUUAUACGUAUUUUUAUUUUUCUUGUUUAGAAUCCAGCGGCUUUGACUUGUUUGGCUUCUGAAGAUGUUUCGAAGGAAACUGGCCGCGUUGGAUUACCACAACCCGUCCGGGUUUAACUGCAAAGAUGACACGGAAUUCAGGAAUUUUGUAGUGUGGCUGGAGGACCAGAAAAUAAGACAUUAUAAAAUUGAAGACCGGGGCAACCUUAGGAACAUACACAGCUCGGAAUGGCCCAAGUUUUUUGAGAAGUAUUUGCAAGAUGUUAAGUGUCCGUUUAAAGCCCAAGACAGACAGGAGACAGUGGACUGGCUGCUGGGCCUGGCGGUUCGCUUUGAGUACGGAGACAACGUUGAAAAAUACAGGAAUUGCAAACCCGACACAGACGUGUCAAAUCAGGGCAAGCCGAGUGAUCCACUCAUAAACCUAGACUGUAAUUCUCCCGAUUUCAAGGCUGGUGUGUUGGCCCUGGCCAACCUGUUACAAAUUCAGCGCCAUGAUGACUACCUAGUGAUGCUUAAGGCUAUUCGGAUUCUGAUUCAAGAAAGGUUAACACCUGAUGCCAUAGCCAAAGCCAGUCAGAAAAAAGAGGGUUUACCGGUCUCUUUGGAUAAACACAUCCUUGGUUUUGAUACUGGAGAUGCAACUCUGAACGAAGCUGCAAAGAUUCUCCGGUUGUUGCACAUUGAGGAGCUUCGCGACCUGCAGACACGGAUCAACGAAGCCAUCGUAGCCGUGCAGGCUAUCAUCGCAGACCCCAAGACGGACUACCGUCUCGGGAAGGUUGGCAGAUGAUCUGCUUACCUGCCCACUCUCCUCCAAACAUCUUUAUUUGCUCUUACGAUGCUGAGAAGAGGAAAUUAUACGAACAAAUGUACUGUGCCCCUGGCUCAGCCCUCCCACCAUGGCUUAUCGGUGGCUGUAGCCUUUUUCUUUUGGGUAGUUAUUUUCUGAGUUGCCAAGAGAAGUCAACAUAUUUUGGUCCAUCAAUUAUGUUUCUGUUAAAUAUAUUGAAUGUUGCUACUAAUUAAACAUCCAUUCAAAGAAUCAGUUUUUUUGUGUGGGGCAGAAAAUAUUGAUACACCAAAGCCAUGUGCAGGAGAAAGUGCACCCCACGGUUCAUUUUGUUGAUAUAGAUUCCCCUUUAGCAGUAAUACCUAAAAAUAAUAAUUUUCAAUAGGAGUUCAUUGAUCUCCCAUUGGAAGAAUUCUGGCCUGGUCCUCAGUACAGGAGAGUUCCCACCCCCCCCCACUACAGUAUGUCUUAAACACCACAGUAAAUUUUUCAUUCAUGAGGAACACACUAUGUACAAGUGUGUAAUGCUAAAAUCAAGAGUUUAGGCACCCUUAAUGUGUUCUUUUUCUGUCAUCCUUAGAUGCAAUAAACCAGUCUCUUUGUUUUGAAUCACA